CAGUUUCGCUUUAUUUUUUGUAUUGCCGCUAUACAACUUUUGAAGUUGUGAUACUGUCCUGGUCGACGAGACUUGCAUUGUGGGUCUCAAUUGCAACGAGUUGUGCUUUCAGCUAUCUAGCUCGGAGUCUAGUCUGUCUACUGUCUCAACUGCAGCAUGGUUGAAAAGUGGCUGUGAAGCAUUGCACCUAUGCAACUUCUUGAACAGCUGUUCUGAGAAUUUGUAUAUUUUUGAUUUUGAUUGUAUUCGCCAUGGAAGAAAUUGACAGUUUUAACAAACUGCUCUCCUCCAUCACGGAGAGUAGGCCACCAGUGUCCAAGGCGAAGAUGUCUGCAAUCACCAAAGCAGCAAUGAAAGGCCUCAAGCACUACAAACAUGUGGUAAUGGGAGUAGAGAAGUUCAUAAGCAAGGCCCGGCCAGAGUACAAAGUGCAAGGUCUCUACGUCCUGGACUCUAUUGUCCGCCACUCCAAACAUCAAUUUGGCAGGAAGGAUGUUUUUGCGCCACGCUUCGGCAAGAACCUAACCAAGACGUUUGAGAAUCUCUACAAGUGCCCCAUGGCAGAUCAGAGCAAGAUUCUACGCAUUCUCAACGUGUGGCAAAAGAACAGUGUUUAUAGCCCGGACAUUCUUCAGUCUCUUAUGGCUAUGGCGUCUCCGACAGCCGAGGCAGCCAAAUCCCAAGGUGGGGAUGCUGCCAGCGAAGACAUAGCAAAGACACUCCAGCAGCAAAAAGAACAACUACAUCAAUUGCAGCAGCUCCAGCAACAACUGCAAAUGCAGCAGCAACUACAGCAGCAGUUAGCUACACAACGAGAGCAUGUAAAGCCGGUGGACCCAGCACCAACACCUACGUCUAUGCUGAAUCCAACUACUUUGCAAGCGUCUGGUUCUGUGUCGCCGAAGACCAAGGCAGCCAACUUUGUAUCACAGGUCACGCCUGGCAUUGCACCACCGUCGGAUAAUUUCAUUGACGAAUCGCCGCAGGCAUCAUCACGGCAUUCUCGUGGCCACACAGCCAGCGGGACGCAUGUGCAGGCAUCAGGCAACUCUCGGCACCCAGCAGCGGACAAGCCGCGCCACUCAGAGGACACCGCAUCGCGCCGAAAGUCAGCCCGGUCGUCAUCGCGCGAAGAUCACAAUCGGUCUCGCGACGCGGACAAGAAGUCGCGACGGCGACGACGCGGCAGCAGUGAAUCGCCGUCUCCGCCGCCGCCGCGACGUUCUCCCCGCCGUAAGAGCAGCCGAUGGGACACGUCAUCGCGAAAGCGCAGCCACUCUCGCUCCAGAUCCCGGGAGCGCAAGAGUGGUGGCACUACUCGCUCUUCUCGCUGGUCUCAGCGCUCAGCGUCCAAGUCUCCGAAACGUCGUCGCAGUGAGCACGAUGCUGCUGCUGCUACGGCCGCUGCACAGGAAGCUGAACUAAGAAAGGCUGCAGAGGAAGCGGCACGGCUAGAGGAGGAGAGGGCAAUGGCCGAGGCCAAAGCUCAGGCCGAGGCAAGAGAGGCAGAGGAGAGAGCACGUCAAGAAGCAGAACGAGCUGAGGCCGCGCGAAAAGCAGAGAAAGAAGCAGAGCGGCGACGAAGGAAGCUUGGCCAUCCACCGAAACUAACUGGCCAUGUUACUAUUUCUAGCAACACCAUAUGGAUUGGCCACCUGCCCAAGUUUACGUCCUCCAAUGCUCUCAAUGAGAUCUUUGGCGAGUAUGGAGAAAUUUCAGCAAUUGAUCUUGUCAUUGCACGAGGCUGUGCAUAUGUGUGCAUGGCCAACCGACGGGAUGCUGCUGAGGCUGUAACGGGUCUGAAGGGUUUCCGUAUCAACAACCAAACUGCCAAGGUGGCGUGGGCAUGUGGCAAGGGUACGAAUCACAAGGAAAUGAAGGAAUUCUGGGACGUGGACAUUGGUGCAAGCUACAUUCCCUGGGAGAAACUGGGAACACCGCCGUUUAUGGAGGAGCAGCUCACGGAAGGUGGAACCAUUGACUCCACCACACUCCCUGCUCCGAAAAGUCCGCCAGCCACGAGUACGGAGGCCGCCGCGAAUGCUGCUGUGGCGCAACAGCAGUCGUCGUUUGUGCAGCCGCAAGGAAUGCUCCCAAUGGGUUUCCCACCUGGUAUGGCUCCCCCGCCGGGCAUGCCACCCAUGAUGGCCCCUCCAAUGGGUCAACCACCCCCAGGUAUGUUCCCACCGGGCAUGAUGCCCCCUCCUGGCAUGUCCAUGCCGCCCCAGAUGAUGGCACAACAACCUGGUAUGCAGGCGCCAGUAGGAAUGCAGCCGCCAGCUGGCCAGAACCAAGCUGGCAUGUUCCCCAUGGGAAUGCCACCGCAGAUGCCCAAUGUCGCCAAUGGUCCUCCUAAUGAUGCUGGUGGUAUGCCCGCUCAGUUCCCUCAAGUCACCUCACUGUCCAACAUGCAGGCUCAGCCCAUGCAGCAGCAGCCCAUGCCGGGAGCGCAAGGCCACCCUGGACAACAAGCUGCAAUGCAAGGUCCGCCCGGUCCGCCUGCACCUCGACACAUGGCUCCCGGACCUCCGCCGCCGCCUCCUCGCCCAGGCAUGCCGCCUCAGGACUCCAGGAUGGGUCACCAACAACAAGCAGCACCACCGGUGUCAGCUGCUCCACCAGCCUCAGCAGCAGCAACACACAACACUGGGCACUGGGCACCGGAUGCAGCUCGGCCAGCGCACUAUGACCAAGCUCCGGCGCACCAACCACCAGACCACCACCACCACCACCACCAUCAUCAUGCUCCUGCUGCCGAUCAACCGCCUCAUCACCAUCAAGCAGGCUGGCAUGAGCGCGAGGACCGUCCUCCGUUUGCGGGUAGACAAGAACCUGAGCAUGAACACUGGAAUCAGCAUGAUGACUGGCAGCAGCAGCAGCAGCAGCAGCAUCAUCAUCAACAUCACCAUCACCAGCAGCACCAUCAACAGCAGCAACAUACGCGACAUGACGAUGAAGGCCCACCUGGUCGGUAUAUGGAUGAAAGUCGCCAGCCGUACCACCAGGAUCAGCAACACUACAGACAUCCCGACGAGCCUUUCCCGAGUCGUGACUUUGACAGGCCGGCGCUGUUAGGCCCGCCACCCGAGGAUCGCCCGCCACAGCCACGUGUAUUCGACCAUGGUUUUGCUCCUGAACAAAAUGAGCACGUUAUGCAUGAGCAGCACGACCGGCAUGACCACUAUCCGCAAGCAAGACAUGAUCCGAGAUCGAUGGCGUUUCCCUUUCAGCCAGCAGCAGAUGGAGCACGCCAGCAGCCCUUCUCGUUUGGUCCUGGUGAGAGCAAUGAAGACCGCUUGCCAGCUGGUUCACCACAUCAUCGUUCACCUCUCGCUGCUACGGAUCAACAGCCCGGUGUUGUCCCUGGGCAAGUGGGAGAUGCAACUACGCAUACCUGCAAUGAUGAUGUAACGCGUAGCCCUGCUGCGAUGGCACUGGCAGCAGCAGCAACAGCAGCUCCUGAGAACACUGCUACUGCUGCAGCAGCGUCAGCAGAAGGCAAUGAUGAACCGUAUGAUCCUAUGGAUGUAGUCUCCAGUGAUGAGGAUGAUGAUAAUGUGGGUGAUACUCAUGAUGAUAGUUCUGUGCAGCCGUUAGACGGCAGCGGCAUUGCCAGAAGACUCAGUCAACAGUCGGUGGCCAGUGCAGCAGCUGCUGCUGCGCCCGGCGAGGACAGUGUGGCAAGUCAGCCAGGCACUGCUGCUGCUAGUGCUGAUGAUGCCACCGCGAUGUCAACUGAUGCUCCUACUUCUCCUGCUGCUACCGUUGCCAUGUCAGGCAUUGCGGUCUUGCAGCCUGCAUCAGCACGGUCCGAGACCCCGUCGGCUCUUUCUCACGAUCAGGAUGUACAGUCUACAGAGGGUGCAAAGAGCACUUCCGAGCACAGUACUGCGGAGCCACACGACAACGGCACCAAUGACACGGACAUGUUUGCUAGUAGUCCUGUGCCUUCAACUCACACUGAAGAUGUAGAAAAGCCAGCUAGUGAGGCAAGCUCUGCCUCUGCAGCUGCUUCACCAGAACCUGCUGCCAGUGCAGAAGAUUAAGUAUCCUUAUUUUACGAUUUUGUACAGACUUCUUUUUCUUGCCUUUGUACAUAUGUGAUUAGAGCUGUAUGAGUCGAUUUGUCGUGUGCGUGCCCGUGUGUGUAUGUAUGUGCGUGUAUGCUCUAUGAUGCGUUGUACCUGCCUUGCGGUAAACUGCCCGAGACUUCCCUGGUGUAUGUGUGCGUGUGUGUGGGUGCGUAAGAGAGUGAGAGUGAUUGUCUUGUUCUAUUGAGUUCUGCGCUGUGCUGCGUCUGUCCCCCCCCCCCCCCCCCCCCCGUACCAUUGCUAUGGAUAUUAUGUUCUAUCACAUUGCCCUGCAUGUAUGUAUGUCUUGCUGUUGACUGGCUGACCUGUCUGGAUAGUUCUAGUACCCGUGUUCGAUUCUGGAAUGAGACGCACUGCUGCACCGUAUUGCUGCGGUGCUGCUUUUGUCAUUGCUAUUUAAAUUGUAUGACCAAACGCAAACACCUCUGUGCUUCGUUCUAGCUACGCUGUAGCUCUACUGGCUUAGUGUCUUGCAGAGAACUGCCUGUAAUUUCGGAAUAUUGAUGCAGCAUGUUCAGGUUGCAUACUCACACGAACACAUGCGUUUUCAUUUCUUUCUUCCUGUCGUCCUUUUUGUUCACUUCUAUUACAUUUAGACAGCCUCUCCCCUUCGUCUGGAUUCACAAUGGUCAUGAAGUCGUACAUUUUACUCGUG